UAUUUUUCUUGGAAUCGUAAAGAAAAGAACCAGUUGCUCAAAGUAGGUAAAAAGGACCCCGACGGUGGGAAUCGCAACCCUAAAUCGGCCGAUGUCAUCAUCCGGGCAACAGCAGUUCCGAUACACACAGACGCCGUCGAAAGUUCUUCACCUUCGGAAUUUGCCAUGGGAUUGCAGCGAUGAAGAGCUUGUAGAGCUUUGCAAGCCCUUUGGUAAAAUUGUCAACACCAAGUGCAACGUCGGGGCCAACCGCAACCAAGCCUUUGUCGAAUUCGCAGACCUUAAUCAGGCAAUUAAUAUGGUUUCAUAUUAUGCCUCGUCUUCAGAGCCUGCUCAAGUUCGUGGCAAGACUGUAUACAUCCAGUAUUCUAACAGGAAUGAGAUUGUCAAUAAUAAGAGUCCUGGAGAUGUUCCAGGAAAUGUUUUGCUGGUAACUAUUGAGGGUGUUGAAGCUGGUGAUGUCAGCAUCGAUGUGAUUCAUUUGGUGUUUUCAGCCUUUGGUUUUGUGCAAAAGAUUGCUACUUUUGAAAAGGCAGCAGGUUUUCAGGCAUUGAUUCAAUUUAGUGAUGUUGGGACAGCAUCUGCUGCUAGAGAGGCACUGGAUGGGAGAAGUAUACCAAAGUACCUGCUUCCGGAACAUGUUAAUCAUUGUCACUUGCGCAUCUCAUACUCUGCACACACGGACCUUAAUAUCAAAUUUCAAUCUCAUCGGAGCAGGGACUAUACAAACCCUUAUCUCCCAGUAAAUCCUACUGCAAUGGAGGGGCUUCUUCAGCCUGUUGUAGGUCCAGAUGGAAAGAAAAAGGAACCCGAGAGUAAUGUGCUUUUUGCCUCUCUAGAAAAUAUGCAGUAUGCUGUUACUAUUGAUGUCCUUCACACGGUAUUCUCUGCAUUUGGCGCUGUCCAAAAGAUUGCUAUAUUUGAGAAGAAUGGUCAAACCCAGGCAUUAAUUCAGUAUCCUGAUGUAACAACUGCAGCUGCUGCAAAGGACGCUUUAGAGGGACACUGCAUAUAUGAUGGUGGCUAUUGUAAGCUUCAUCUAUCAUACUCUCGUCAUACUGAUCUGAAUAUACAGCAGGCAUACAGUGACAAAAGUAGAGAUUACACAGUUCCAGAAUCAAGUUUGCUUGCAAUGCAACAAGUAUCAGCAGUCCAUGCCACACCACCAGUUUGGCAUAACCCUCAGUCUGGUCCACAGUCAUUUGGCUAUGCCGCUGCUGGUGCUGUUCCUGGCCAAGCAUCUACAUCCCAAAUGUCCUCAUGGAAUCCAAAUUUGCAGGGUGGCGGAUCAACCUUUCCGUCUACUCCUACCAGAUUUCAUGGGCAAUCAUAUGCUUCACCGGUUUCUGCUUAUGCAACAGCAGUAAAUCCUCCUGGAUCGUCACAGCAGACCAAUCACAUUGUUAGUAGUGAUCGAUCUUAUAGUGUAAGUCAGCCUCCUCAUCCAUCAACCAUGCCACCUCCUGGUCAUGCACCUUAUCACGGUUAAUAGCACUCGUGGGAACAUCAGAGCUGCUAAUGAUUCAGAAGACCAAGAUUCUUAUUCACUGAUGGAGGUGAUGUCAGCUGUAUACAAUCCCAUUUUCUUUUUCUCGAAGUUCACUGCUAAAUUUAAGUUUUGGCUUUCUUGAUAAAUCGAACUAAAUGUUUGGUCUGCGAGUGGAAGAAUCAUCUGUGAUCACAUUAUGAGCUGUAUUUCUUAAUAGUAAUGAUGGUUUUUCUUAUUGGCAUAUUAUUAUUGUUGUUCCUGUUAUGUUGUAAGCAUUUAGUCGUCUUUAGAAAUUCUGCAAUGGUAAUGGGUCAAUGAAGUGUUUAAGGUGAUUCAACGGCUUA